UGGAAGCUGAAGGUGUUUAUCCCUAAGUUAGCUUGAUGGCUAAAGUCGUCACUUGUUAGGGUGUUGUUUACACUGUUGGCGUUGUUUCUGGAAACAGUUUAACGACAGUCACCUGGGAAUCUGUGACAGACUCUAAAGAUGAAGUCUGUGUUUCUCCUACAGGUUUUCUGUUUGGCUUGUUUUGUGAUUUUAGACCAAGCGACAGCGAAGAAUUCUGUAGACAUCCGUUGUAAAUGCAUCUGUCCUCCGUACAGAGACGUCAAGGGACACAUUUAUAAUCAAAAUGUCUCUCUCAAAGACUGUAACUGUCUCCAUGUAGUUGAGCCCAUGCCGGUUGAUGGAAAAGAUGUGGAGGCCUACUGUUUACGCUGCGAGUGUAAAUAUGAAGAGAGGAGCUCAGAGACCAUUAAGGUCACCAUCAUAUUGUACCUCUCCAUUUUGGGCCUGCUGCUUCUCUACAUGGUCUACCUGACUCUGCUGGAGCCCAUACUGAAGAGGCGUCUGUUUGGACACUCGCAGCUCAUCCAGAGUGAUGACGAUGUUGGGGACCAGCAGCCUUUUGCCAACGCUCACAACGUCCUGUCCCGUUCUCACUCUCGACCCAACAUGCUGAACAAAGUGGAGCAUGCCCAGCAGCGCUGGAAGAGACAGGUCCAGGAACAGAGAAAAUCUGUGUUUGACCGCCAUGUUGUUCUCAGUUAAACUGCCCAGCGAGCAAGAGUUCAUGGUGGAGCAGGGAAAAAAAAACACUGUGACAGAUCCCCUUAAUUUGUAUCACUUCCUUUCUCUCAUUUGUGGUUUGUCUCUCAUUGAGUGUGACACUUCCCAGGUGAACAUGGUGAAGAAAUCUGGAUCUGUAGAGCAGAAGUCCCCCGUCAAAUGUUUAAUCAAAGCUGGGAACUCUGCAGUCUGCAGGCAGCACACCAGAUUACUGUGAAUUCAUUUUUGCACAGUCUUCAGUGAAAAGUCUUAAACAGCAUUUUUCCAAAUACAGAAUUCACUCUCUCCGUGCUGUCUAGUUUGCAGAAGUGCCAAGCCAACAUAGAAUUUGCAGUGAAGAAUUUGACAGUGGAAAAUAACAAGUAUGAGUUGAAAAUAAAUAUUUGAAGUGAAUAUUUUAGGGCUGCCCCCCUCACAGUCUGAGAUUCAAAUCAUCAGGUGGAGGCCCCUCAGUCGACUGAGAUAGCUUCAUGUCAAGCAAUCAUUUUC